AUGCCCGCCAAUGCUGCUGGGGAAAUCAAGCCGGUGGUAGCCACGACAAUACCAACACUACCGGCCGGUUCAGAUGUGAAACCCACCGAAACCUCACAGGCCCUUCCUGGUCCAUCGGAUUCCGCCAUUCCUACCACCUCGAUCGAAGAGAAAGAUCCCGAGCAGUCAGAUAAAAUCCCUGAUGACGCAACAGAAACAGUCUACCUGAAUAACUUGAACGAGAAGGUCAAACUGCCAGCUUUAAAACAGACCCUCAAGAAUUUGUUGAAAAACUUCGGUCCUGUUUUGGAUGUGGUCGCCCAUCGAUCAGUUCGGAUGAGAGGGCAGGCUUUCGUCGCGUUUGCCGAUCGAGAGGUGGCUGCGAAAGCAGUCAAAGAAGUCAAAGGGUUCCCCCUAUACGGAAAACCAAUUGAAAUCGCAUUCGCGCGAUCUCCAGCCGACUGUGUAGUCAAGCGGAAGACGCCGGAUGAUUUUGAAACCCACAAAGCUGAACGACUAUUGAAAAAAAAACGAUCUCGUCGAGAGAACCCACUGCGGAAGAAAGCUUUUGCGCUUAAAGAAGCUGCGCAAAAAGCAGCCGAGGCUGCCUCAGCCGGUGGUGCCGCUGCACCUGCCACCACUACUUUGCCCGCCUCCACCUCCAACAGGAAAAUCGUCCAAAUGCCCGAUGAAUAUCAACCACCCAAUAAAAUCUUAUUCAUCCAGAAUCUUCCCGAAAACGCCGGGAAGGACGCCCUCGAAGUCUUGUUCAAACAGUAUCCCAAUCUGGUGGAAGUUCGAACGAUCCCGGGUCGAUCCAACAUCGCAUUCGUGGAGUAUGUGGAUGCUACCAGCUCAGGCGUUGCCAAAGACGCCCUGCAUAACUACAAAUUUGAUGGUGAACAUAAAAUUAAAGUCACCUUUGCUAAGCAGUAA